GGAAUCGAUAGUGAUCGAAUAUCGUGACUUGCUAGCACUCGUUAAGAAUAAUUCGUUACUGGAAAAUAUAUCACAUCCGCCAAAAUGCAUCUUAUGUACACUCUCGACAAAGAUGGCAAGCGUAUCUACUAACGUAGAAAAUGAUACAGAUACGCUGAAGAAAGUUCUUCAUGGUGAAGUCACCAAAUCCGCACACCCAGCACGAUUCUCUCCGGAUGACAAGUACUCGAGACACCGAGUCACACUGAAGAAGCGUUACAGUCUCCUCCUCACACAACAACCAGACAAAGUGGCCGCUAAGAUGUAAAGAAGCUUUCUAUAUUGCGGAAAUGGGAAAAUCAAUGGUGUGUCAAAAGGCUACGAUGUGAUACCUUUUCAAAAUAUAUGGCGAACGGUGUUUUAUUUACUUUGGGGUGUUGUUUAAAUUCUGGAUUCGUGGUUUUUGAUAUCUUGGAGGAAGUGUAUAGCUGAAAUCAUCUUUUUGAAGACUGUCGGUAUGACAUUGCUUAUGUUUCUCCGUACUUUAUCAGUGCGGUAUCUAUGUACCCGUAGGAUUCGUCAAAUCGUAAAUAGAAAAGAGAAGAGCGACAUAUGCUUAGAAAGUGUGUAUAUGAUCAUGAUCCUCCCAAACGCCAUCAUAAUGCAAGACCAUGCACGAUCAUCGUCUUCUCGAAUUAACGUUACGACCGGCUCCAACCUUGACUCGGCCACCCGAUCUAUGCCGCUCGCCAGUCAAAAUUCCAGGAAGGUAAUCCUCAUCCAUAAGAUCACGCUCUCUCCGUUGCUGACGCUUUUCAUCUGUCACUGCACGCACAUACUCCUUUUGAUCCUCAGCGAGAA